UCAGUCUUGCAUCAAAUAGUGCAUAUAUACAUAUCUACAUGAUAUAUAGAAAUAUAUUCAUGUGUUACAUGAGUGUUACAUGGGGGGGGGGCAUUGUCAUAUCUUUCUAUGCCACUGGCUCAGAGAAACAGAGGACAAGGGGGUAAAUAGUGACACGCAUACACACACACACACACACACACACACACACACACACACACCCCUCCUCUGUGGGGGUAAUUGGAGGAGACAGCAGUUGGCCUGGCCGGCCUGACUGACAGACAACAACAGUCCAACUGACUAAACCCAAACCCACGCUGAAGACUUUCAGGACGAAAAGAAAGAAGAGAAAGAGUCAUAACAAGAAGUUGGUGGAGCACACGGACACAUAUUUCUUGGAUAAGAGACAAUGACAAGUCGAGAUCUACUCUUGCUGACAUGUUUCCUAUGCACCCUGAGCACACUUGGAGGUGCCACAGAAAUGGAGAAUACUCUGAUGAAGAAGAUUUUCCAGAAAUACAACCUGAAGGUCAGACCAGCACCCACCCCUCAGGACAGGGUCGUGGUCCGUGUGGGUAUGAUCCUGUCAUCUUUUGUCGGACUGAACAUGAAGAAUGAAGAAAUGAGCACUGUUGUAGUUAUGAAUCUGGAAUGGACAGAUUAUCGUUUGUCAUGGAAACCUAAGGAGUACGACGGGAUUGAGGUGUUACGUAUUCCCUCUGGGAAGAUUUGGUUGCCAGACAUAGUCCUCAUCAAUAAUAACGAUGGCGUGUUUGACGUGGCCCUACAUGUCCACGUCCAGGUGUACAGUAAUGGGAAAGUCACCUGGACUCCCCCUGCACAGUACUGCAGUUCCUGUGGUGUACAGGUGGCAUAUUUCCCUUUCGACUGGCAGAACUGCAGCAUGAAGUUCCGCUCUUACACUUACGACUCAACGGAGAUCGACCUCCAGCAUGCACUGGACUCCAGGGGCAAGGAAAUACGGGAGAUUAUAAUAGACGAAUCUUACAGCGAGGGUGGCGAGUGGAUCAUCAAACACAAGGCCAGCAGAAAGGUCGUCAGUGAGGACAAUUAUGAGGACAUGGUUUUCUUCCUAGUGAUUGAAAGAAAACCUCUCUACUACGUCCUGAACAUCAUCCUCCCCUGUAUCCUCAUCACCAUCAUUGCAAUCUUCAACUUUUACCUCCCACCCGAUGCAGGUGAAAAAAUGGGUCUGUCCAUCAACGUGCUGCUAACCUUGACUGUCUUCUUGCUACUGCUGGCUGACAAGAUUCCAGAAACUUCCCUGGGCGUCCCUAUAAUUGUCAACUACAUCAUGUUCACUAUGAUCCUGGUCACGUUCUCUGUCAUCCUCAGCGUGGUUGUGCUCAACCUGCAUCACCGCUCCCCCAACACUCACAUGAUGCCCAUGUGGGUCCGCAAAAUCUUCAUCCACAUGCUUCCUGUUUACCUUUGCAUGCUGCGGCCAAAAGUGGAAGCUCCGAUCUUUGUAGUGAGAAUGCCCCGCAGGGAGAAAAACAGGAUCCCUAUCAACAAAGCGUCUGACGAAUACUUCAUCCGCAAACCUGACUCGUCCAUCUUGUUCCCAAAGCCAAACAGGUUUCAGCCAGAGGGCAUGAUAACAGACCUAAGGAAAUUUAUCGAUGGCCCCAGCACAUACCUUUCACUACCGGAUGAUCUUAAGUCAGCGAUAGACGCUAUCACAUAUAUCGCAGAGGCCCUGCAGGCUGAGAAGGACUAUGAAGCAAUGAAGGAGGACUGGCAGUAUGUGGCCAUGGUGGUGGACCGCAUGUUUCUCCUGAUCUUCGUUGUCUUCACCACUGUGGGAACCCUGGCUAUCUUCGCUGAUGCUCGCUUUAACCUAACACCCACUGACCCUUUCCUGCCCUGAUGAAGUGUCUUCUCGCUGUUUCAUUUUGUAAUGUAGAGAUUGUAAAAUGUAUUUGUAUUGCACUAACAGUGCUCCUCUGUGUGAACCCCACAAAAAUCCAGAUGAACCUCUGCGGAAUUUGACUAGUCUUACUUGAGAAUACAAUUAGCUGUAAAGAACAAACUUUCCUUAGGAGACUGAAUACAACCUAAACAUGAACUAAUUUUCCUUGGAAAAAAAACUCUUGAAAUGUCGUGCAACUCUGCCAAGUAGAUAGAAGUCAAUUAAGUCUAAUAUAUGGUUAUACCUAUAAUUUACCACUAGAGAGAGCCCAAGUACAGCCAGAUGCACAUGUGCCAUGGUUUGAGAACCAACACUUGGUUACCAUUGGGGCUACCAUAUCAAGUGUAAAAGGUUCAGCAAGUCAGAUGGAACUGUUGCAAUUACUGUUCUGCAAAGUACUAAGUGUGUAUUUACAGAAUAGAAUAAUAUAAUUC